AUGGAGGACUGCACUAUGACUCCUUACGGUUGUGCGCAUUACCCCAUGGACUGGAUGGAACCAUAUGUUCCAUUGGGAACAUAUAUAUCAAUUUAUUCAAUCCAAGCUUUGUCAUGGGUUACUGUCAAAUUUGUGUUGAUUUUUGGAAUCUUAUUGCAACUCGUCGCGCAUUUUUUGAUGGAUGUUGUUAACAAUCAAGGUGAAUCUCUAGAUACCCAUUUUCAUUUGAAAAAAAAAACAAUUUCCAGCAACGGUUGGUUAUGUUUUCAAAAUUUUUGAACAAUGCGCUGAGAACAUUUACAUCUUCUCAUCGUUAUUCCUUGUGUUCCCAGUGAUUGUGGCGACCGCAACAAAAAAUGCAAAGUUUUACCGAUUCCUUGCUUUUGCUAUUCAUCUGAUUUUGAUUCUAUCCCAAGAUUUGCAAGUUUUUGCAACAGAACAUUUCGGAAUGUUCGGCCACAAAGUUGCUUUGAUGGUAUUUUUUGCGGUUCUCACUAGAAUUGUGAGUUGAAAUAUGUAAUCAAUAUUCCCUAACAAUAUUUUAAUUUUUCUAGCUUGUUUAUUUCAUCAAUCCUCAUUAUCGACUCAGAGUACGUGCAUCAAAUUGUGCAGAUCAAAAUGCACACUCUCACAAAUUCGGCAAAAGUCAUUUGAAACCAUUGAUAAAUCGCGUCAGAUUUAUUCCAAUUUAUAUCUACAUCAAACUGGCUUUCUUUAUCAUAACCGCUGCCUUGCAGGCAUUUCUUCAAAACGAUUUUGGGAAUAUGAAAAUCUAUGCGGAUGGUAUGUACUAUGCAUCAUUCGCAGAAGCCACAUUUUUGAUAAUUCAUGGAUGUUAUAUGUUGUUCGAGAAAAAAAAGGUAUGUAGAUUUUUAAGAGCACUUUGUGGCACAAUUAUUUUUACAGAGAGUAGCACCUACUGCACAAAUACGUUCGUACAGUUUAUCAACAACCUAA